CAAUAAAGAAAAGGAAAUGGGAAUUAGAGAGAAUGAUAUUCUCUUCUCAACCGAAUUUGAUGAAGGAAAAAAAAAAAACCCUGAUCAAACUUAGUUCCGGUGGAAUAAAACUUAAAACUUGAAAUCCUAUUAAAAAAAAAUUGAAGACACAAAACUUUUAAAAUGUUAAUUUAUUGAGAUGUGUCAUCAUUGGUCCGAGGUUAUUGACUUCUGAAAGUCCAUAAAAGCUUUCUAUAAUUAGCAAAAACAUUUGACCCCCGGAAAAUGCUAAACACCAUUGCUUCCGGAACACGUAACACCGCUCACUGCUUUAUGUUUCCUUUUUUGGUUUCUUACUUUAUUUCUCUUCCUCCAUCAAUGAGAUCUCUCUCUCUCAAUCUUCUUUCCCCUUAUUCUUCUCUUCAACUAGGUUUCCUUUCACAUUUCUCCUUAAUUUCUUUCAAAAGUCUGUAUGUUGUCUGAAACUCUUGUGUUCUGAAGUUUUGAGAUUUUUCUGCAAAUAAAAAUGGGAUAUAUGGACUUGGCGAAAUCGUAUACGAAUCAAAUGCGGGUUGUUGAAGCUCCAGCAAGCGGAGGCGGUCUCAGUCAGAAUGGAAAAUUCAGCUAUGGAUAUGCAAGCUCAGCUGGGAAGAGAUCAUCUAUGGAAGACUUUUUUGAGACGAGGAUCGAUGGUAUUGAUGGCGAAAUCGUUGGUCUGUUUGGAGUCUUUGAUGGCCAUGGUGGAGCCAGAGCAGCAGAGUAUGUUAAGCGUCAUCUAUUCAGCAAUCUUAUUACGCAUCCUAAGUUCAUCUCUGAUACCAAAUCUGCAAUAGCUGAUGCUUAUACUCAUACAGAUUCUGAACUUCUCAAGUCAGAAAAUAGUCAUACUAGAGAUGCUGGUUCAACUGCCUCCACAGCUAUUCUCGUUGGUGAUCGUUUACUUGUUGCAAACGUUGGUGAUUCCAGAGCUGUUAUAUGUCGAGGUGGAAAUGCUUUUGCUGUGUCAAGAGACCAUAAACCUGACCAAAGUGAUGAGCGUGAACGGAUUGAGAAUGCUGGUGGCUUUGUGAUGUGGGCAGGGACUUGGAGAGUUGGAGGAGUUCUUGCGGUUUCUCGCGCUUUUGGUGAUAGACUUCUGAAACAGUAUGUUGUUGCUGAUCCAGAAAUUCAGGAAGAGAAGAUUGAUGAUUCUCUUGAGUUUCUGAUCCUUGCCAGUGAUGGAUUAUGGGAUGUUUUCUCCAAUGAGGAAGCAGUUGCAGUGGUGAAAGAAGUUGAAGAUCCGGAAGAGUCUUCCAAGAAACUUGUGGGAGAAGCAAUAAAGAGAGGAAGUGCAGACAAUAUCACAUGUGUUGUUGUACGUUUCUUGGAGAGCAAGACUGCUAACAAGAAUGGUUCCAGCUCAUCUGAGGAAACAAAUCAAAGAGAAACCGCUGUUAGAAAUGUCUCAGACCACAAGAACGCAGCCAAAGCAACCAAUCAAGACUAUAUCGCAGUACACAAGGAUUUGGACCGCAAAGCUGACAGUGAAAGCCUAAACCAAAAGCCAAUUGCAGCAAGAACCGAAGAAAUCUCAAAUCAAAAGCCGAUUGCAGCUAGAAAUGAUGAUAGCUCGAACCAAAAGACGAUUGCAGCUAGAAAUGAUGAUAGCUCAAACCAAAAGCCAAUUGCAGCUAGUAGCAACGAAAGCCUGAACCAAAAGUCAAUUGCAGCUAGAAGUGAUGAAAGCUCGAACCAAAAACCGAUUGCAGCUAGAAGUGACGAAAGCUCUAACCAAAAGUCGAUUGCAGCUAGAAGCGAUGAAAGUUCAAAGCAAAAGUCGAUUGCAGCUAGUAGCAAUGACAGCCUGAACCAAAAGCCGACUGCAGCUAGAAGCGAUGAAAGCUCAAACCAAAAGCCAAUUGUAACUAGUAGCAAUAAGAGCCUGAACCAAAAGCCAAUCGCAACUAGAAGCAACGACAACUCAAACCUAAAGCCAACCGCGUUAACAGCAGCAGAACGCAAUGUUUCUUCUGAACAAAGUGGUUUAGCCGGAGAAAAAAAACAAAUGCCAAUCGCAAUUCGUAGUGACACAGAGGCCAAGAGCUCAGUCAAACUACCUAACCAAGGGAAGAUCACAUUAGAUAAUAACUUGAACCUUAACACUGCAAAGAAACCUGUCACAGCAACACACAACUUAGAACAGAGCGGAUCAACCAAUGAAAAGAAUCGAAAGCCGAUCGAAGUUCAUAGGGACUCCUCCUCAACCAAGGCAAGUAGCGUCCCCUCUAUCUCUUACUAAAACCCACACUAACUUCAUAAUGAUCUUUUGGAUAUAUAAUCGUACUAUGCCUUCAUUUACUUUGAACUAUCUUUAGUGUCUUUAAGAUUUUGCCUCGACUGAUUUGUCAUUGAUAUAAGUUUUCCUUUCU